CAGCAGACUAAAAUGUUUGUUUUAUAAUUGCCCGCUGAACUAUGAUAGUUUGUUUCCAGAUGGUGCCCUUCCUUCAACCUGCACACAGUCUCUCCUUGUUCAGAGCUAUUCAGCCUCCUGCUGAUCCCACUACCCCCACCCCUAUUUAAGGCUACAGAGAGGAAAUCCUAAGGAGGAGAUUUUCCCCCCUAGUCUCCAGCAAUUUUUUGGUGACGUAAUAUGUGGGCUGAACUUGAGUUUACCGAGAAAGAGGGAAUCACUAUUCGAGGGUGCUGUAUAUACAAUCUGGGUCAGCUGCAGCUGGUUACUGCACUUCUCCAUGUGGCAGUCAGAGCAAAGCCACAAUGCUUUCUCUGCCGGAUUAAAGACAGCCCACAGACCAGAACUUCCACUAUACUACUUAAAAUUACAUAGGUGGCUUGUCAAGUUCAAUUGAUUAGUGUUGUAAGAAGAAAAAGAAGGUCCUUAUUACUGGUUGGAUCUGACGGUCCAAAACAAAAAUGCAAUUGCCAUUAAAGUCACAGAUGAACAAACAUCUACACUGAUUUUUAAAAGCAAGAAUAAGAGCAGCAAGUUUCUGGGUCUGCUUUAUCAACAGAUGCAUAAAGACUUCAUACGACCUCAUUUCAAAAUGAAGGCUUUUAUCUGGAUCCUUAGUGUGCUAUUCUUCCUACUAAUGGGCAUUGGACACUGCAGAGGAGGCCAGCUCAAAAUAAAAAAAACAACGCAGAGAAGAUACCCUCGUGCCACAGAUGGUAAAGAGGAAGUAAAGAAAUGUGCAUAUACAUUCCUGGUCCCUGAACAAAAAAUUACAGGGCCAAUUUGUGUCAAUACCAAAGGGCAAGAUGCAAGUACCAUUAAAGACAUGAUCACCAGGAUGGACCUUGAAAACCUAAAGGAUGUGCUCUCCAGGCAGAAGCGGGAGAUAGACGUCCUGCAGCUGGUGGUGGAUGUAGAUGGAAACAUUGUCAAUGAGGUAAAGCUACUGAGAAAAGAAAGCCGUAACAUGAACUCGCGUGUUACUCAACUCUAUAUGCAACUACUACAUGAGAUUAUCCGUAAGAGGGAUAAUUCACUUGAACUUUCCCAGUUGGAAAAUAAAAUCCUCAAUGUCACUACAGAAAUGUUGAAGAUGGCAACAAGGUACAGGGAACUAGAGGUAAAAUAUGCUUCCUUGACUGAUCUCGUCAAUAACCAGUCUGUGAUGAUCACUUCAUUGGAAGAACAGUGCUUGAAGGUAUUUUCCCGACAAGACCCCCAUGUGUCUCCUCCUCUUGUCCAGGUAGUGCCACAGCACAUUCCUAACAGUCAUCAGUACACUCCCGGACUGCUGGGAGGAAACGAGAUACAGAGGGAUCCAGGUUAUCCCAGAGACUUAAUGCCACCACCUGAUCUGGGAACUUCUCCUACCAGAAGUCCCUUCAAGAUACCACCAGUAACUUUCAUCAAUGAAGGACCAUUCAAAGACUGUCAGCAUGCAAAAGAAGCUGGACAUUCAGUCAGUGGGAUUUAUAUGAUUAAACCUGAAAACAGCAAUGGACCAAUACAGUUAUGGUGUGAGAACAGUUUGGAUCCUGGGGGUUGGACUGUUAUUCAGAAAAGAACAGAUGGCUCUGUCAACUUCUUCAGAAAUUGGGAAAAUUAUAAGAAAGGGUUUGGAAACAUUGAUGGAGAAUAUUGGCUUGGACUGGAAAAUAUCUAUAUGCUUAGCAAUCAAGAUAAUUAUAAGUUGUUGAUUGAAUUAGAAGACUGGAGUGACAAAAAAGUCUACGCAGAAUAUAGCAGCUUUCGCCUGGAACCUGAAAGUGAAUUCUUUAGACUGCGUCUGGGAACUUACCAGGGAAAUGCAGGGGACUCCAUGAUGUGGCAUAAUGGUAAACAGUUCACCACACUGGACAGAGAUAAAGAUAUGUAUGCAGGAAACUGUGCCCACUUUCAUAAAGGAGGAUGGUGGUACAACGCCUGUGCACAUUCUAACCUAAAUGGAGUAUGGUACAGAGGAGGCCAUUACAGAAGCAAGUACCAAGAUGGGAUUUUUUGGGCUGAAUAUCGAGGCGGGUCAUACUCCUUGAGAGCAGUUCAGAUGAUGAUCAAGCCUAUUGACUGAAAGAGAGACAGUCUCCAGCUUAAAUGACAUAGAACUCUGUAUUUUUCAGUUCCUAAAAAUGUAAAUGUUACAUGUAUAUUGUUUUGCACAGCUCAUUGCUACAGAUAUAUUUUUUAAAAUGAAUGUUACCAUAACUGUAAAAGGGGAUUUAUAAAUGUAGUUUCAUCUUCCUCAAUGUACUGCAGAAGGUUAUUUGUACCCAUAACCCCAGUUAUUUUAAAAACUAUAUUGAUUAAAUACAGGCAAAGUUUGUUUUAUAAAAUGUAAAUAUUUGCCACAAUGUAUAACAAAUCUUAGCUUUAUUUUAAAUCAAAACAGAAUACAUGUUCAAGAACAACUUAUUUAAAAACUUUGAGAUUGCUCUAACUUCCAAUAGAAAAAUAAUUAAGAUUUCAAGCCAAGUAACACAUUUUAUUUAUAAAAAUAUAGACAGGAAAUUAGAGAAAACUCUAGUUUUGCCAACAGAAAAUAUAUUUUGCAUUGAAUAAAAGUUAUUUCAAAUUGAA